CACUAUAUGACCCGUGUGUACAUAUAUGAAUUGUUAUGUCAUUGUGUGAUGUGUAUAUAUAUAUAUAUGAAUGUUUUACUAUCUAGUUAUGUAUCAAUUGCUACGUGCCAUGUCAUGUUCUGAUGAUAAUAAUCAUGUUUACAUUUUUUCAAGUUGCUGGUCCUAUGGAGCAAUACACACGGCCACCAAUCCCACCAUAGAUCUGCAGUUGAAAUGUGUUCUACAUUUUGUCAUAAAUAGUUUCUGCUUGAACCCUUGUCCUGUAGACCAAUGAAAAACUCUCCAUUUUCUGCAGGGUUUACCGGAGAGAAUACAGACAUCUCCUGGCUUUUAUAUUUGCUAUUGAUGAGAUAAAUCGCAGUCCAGAUAUUCUUCCCAACAUAACUCUGGGAUAUCAUGUGUAUGAUUCUUGUGGACAUGUGAAUAAAGCUAUAAAAGACGUUCUACAGAUAUUGUCUGGACAUACAAAGGAAGCUCCAAAUUAUUCCUGUAUGGAGCGGGGUGCCCUGGCUGGUUUCAUUGGAGAUCUCCAUUCUGACACCACUCUCCAAAUGGCCCAGCUGCUGAGUCUAUAUGGUUACACCCAGAUUAGUUAUGGAGCCAGAGAUACUUUGCUGAGUGAUAGAAAGAUGUAUCCAAACUUUUUCCGGACAGUUCCGGAUGAUGAGAUGCAAUAUGUGGCCAUAGCAAAGUUACUGGAAAGGUUGAAGUGGAACUGGGUCGGGAUCCUUACAUCUGAUGAUGAAUACGGAGAGAGGGAGAUCCGACAUCUCAGCAAACAUUUAUCUGAUCAUGGAAUUUGUAUUGAAUUCAAGAUUCUGGUGUCUGUAAAGAAUUAUAAUAAAAUUCCUCCAGAGCUGCGGAGCUCAACCACGGAAGUUCUUAUUAUCUGUGGCUCAGUUAGUCUGACUUAUUACAAGUUUUUGUAUUAUAAUGUCCCUUAUUACACGGAGAAAACUUUUAUUAUACCAGAUUCUUGGUCAAUGGGUGAAGUGUUUUUUGGUCUCAGUAACUGCAGCUUGGCGUUUACAUUCCCCCAUCUCUACAUAAAGGAAAUGCUGGAAUAUUUUUAUAAUAUUUAUUCAUCCAGCCGCCCAAAUGACCCCCUGAUGGAGGAUAUUCUCAUAACUGAAUAUAAAUGCUUUUCAAAAAACCAAAUGAAAAAUUUCCUCAUUCCACUCACAUUUAGACGUCCUCUUAGGGACUGCGGUGUGAUGACACUUCCACUUGGUUUAUCUUUUCCUGAUGAGAAAACAUCCUAUAGAGUGUAUAUCUCAGUCUACAUUUUGGCUCAAGCAUUACAUGACAUGGAUUUCUCUUUAAAAAUAAAUAACAAACAAUCUGAAAUAAAUCCACACACACUAAAGUAUAAGCUGUCCCGCUAUGUAAAAGAAGUCCAGUACAAGGAUCCGAAUGGCGAGGUCAUGAUUUUUAAUGAUAAAGGAGAACUGCCCAGACCAUUGGACAUUGUAAAUUGGAUUACAAGAAUUAAAGGUAGAAAUAUCACUGAUUGGAUGCAUGUGGGUCACUUUGAUGGGUCCCUUUCAGAGGGUCAGCAACUUACACUAGAACCAGAGCUAAUAUCAUGGAAAGGAGACAAGGUCCCAAGAGGUCAAUGCUCCGAGGAAUGUCUUCCGGGGUUCAGAAAAUCUGUAAGAGAAGGAUAUCACCCAUGUUGUUAUAAUUGUGCUCCGUGUUCAGAAGGAGAAAUAUCAAACCAAUCUGACAGUGAACUCUGCAAGAAGUGUCCUGAAAAUGAAUGGCCUAACAAAGCUAAAACUAUUUGUAGUGACAAGGUCAUAGAGUAUUUAUCAUACGAGGAGGACAUUCUAGUUUUAUUUUUUUCUAUAACUUCAGUCAUAUUUGCUACAACAUCUCUCCUUCUACUUGGACUAUUUGUUUGGUUUCGGAGCACUCCCAUAGUCAGAGCCAAUAACCGGAACCUCAGCUUCAUUCUGCUCCUCUCCCUCAUACUGAGCUUCCUUUCUGUAUUCCUGUUCCUUGGCCGUCCUGUGGAUAUUACCUGUAUGCUGCAACAAGUCACUUUUGGAGUUCCCUUCACCAUCUCAGCAUCUUCUAUCCUCGCCAAAACCAUCAUGGUCUUCAUUGCUUUUAAAGCCACCAGACCUGGAAGCUCUUGUAGAAAAUGGGUGGGAGUCAAACUUCCCAAUACAGUCAUGUUAUUCUGCUCAUCCAUUCAGGUUAUGAAUUGCAUUCUCUGGUUGUCCAUCUCUCCACCAUUUCAGGAGUAUGACAUGGACUCCUAUCCUGGGAAGAUCAUCAUUCAGUGUAAUGAAGGGUCAGUUAUCGGCUUCUACUCUAUGUUGGGUUAUAUGGGGUUUCUGGCAGCUGUGAGUUUUCUUCUGGCUUUCAUGGUGAGGACAUUACCGGACAGUUUUAAUGAGGCCAAGUACAUCACCUUCAGCAUGCUGGUGUUCUGCAGUGUCUGGAUUGCCAUGAUCCCGGCCUAUCUGAGCACCAGAGGGAAAUACAUGGUGGCUGUGGAGAUAUUCGCCAUACUGACCUCCAGUGCUGGAAUAUUAUUGUGUAUGUUUUCUCCAAAACUCUACAUUUUACUUUUCAAACCUGAACUGAACACAAGAGGGACAAUGCUGGGGAAGAGAAUGAUGGAAAUGUAA